CGCAGAGCCGAUUUCCGCGUCCUCCCUCUCCUCGUACUCGGAUUCACUACCUACCAAAUAGAUCGCACCAAUAUAUCGAGCGCAUUAACCGGGGGAUUUGCAUCUGCAAUAGUGGUGAACCAGAACACAAUCAACUUGGGUAACCAGCUCAUGUUUCUGGGGGUGAUUGUGCUAGAGAUACCCUCUAAUAUGGUUCUUCAGCGGGUCGGUCCCCGCCGCUGGAUCAGCACCCAAGUCUUCAUCUUCGGAAUCAUCGCCGCCCUUCAAAUCUUCAUCCGAAACCGCACGGGAUUCCUCCUCACGCGAGCCAUCCUCGGACUAGCAGAAGCGGGGUAUAUCCCUGCUGCCAUGUACACGCUCUCCACAUGGUAUACAAAAGAAGAGUUGACAAAACGCAUCGCCGUAUUUUUCUUCGGCAUGUUUGGGGGCUCUGCGAUCGCGCCACUGCUUGGGGCGGGAUUGUUGAAAUUGGGUGGAAGGGGAGGGCUGGCAGGGCUGGCGGGGUGGCAGUGGAUAUUUUUGCUGGAAGGAUGCUGGUCCAUCCUCGUAUCCAUCCUCCUAUUCACCCUACUGCCAGAGCACACAUCACAAACACACCCCACCAAAUCCGACGAAGAAUGCUCUGAACUCUCCAAGGAAUGGAACGAAUCACCCAACUCCCCUCUCCAUCUCUCAACAAUCUACAAAGCCCUAACAAAUUAUACCAAAUACCCCCACUUCCUCGCCACAGCCUGCGUCUUCUCCACCUGGAGUCCAUUAACAACCUACACACCCAGCAUAAUAAUGUCCCUGGGUUUCUCUCGCAUCGAUGCUAAUGCCCUCGCGGCAAUAGGAAACCUACUCACUCUUCCUGUUAUUGUUAUCUUCGCGUGGGUUAGUGAUCGUACCCGGCAACGUGGGCUUACGGUUAUGCUCUCGAUAGGUUGUUAUCUCAUUGCGCUUGUUCUGUUGCGAUGUCUGCAAGGACAUGUAGGGAAAUGGGGAAAGUUUGGUCUCUGGACUACAGUCAAUGGGCUGGCCGUGGGGUAUCAUCCUAUUCAUAAUGCUUGGAUUCAGGUGAAUUGUGGGAGUGUGGGGGAGAGGAGUGUUAGUAUGCUAAUGGGGUUGGUAGUUGUGAUGUCUGCCACGGCGGGGCUUAUGGCUGGGACGCAGAUCUUUCGACAUGAUGAUGCGGAGAAUGGGUAA